UCCUCCUCUGCGUUUCCACUCACUCGCUGCGUUUGAGUAGGGCCGGGCAGUCAACAUCACACCAGUUGGACAAAGAAAACUAAUUUGUCUUGUCCAUCGGAUUGUCCAAUGAAACGAGUCGUAGCCCGAACUUUCUGUAAUUCGUCAAAUGUUGCCAUCAGUUCUAGAGAGAAGAAUUUUCUGGGGACAGUCUUAACGCUGAGUGCCUUUUGAAAAUGUUUCCAAGAUGUUUCUUCUAUCUCUUAGUAACUGUUCUUCCAUGUUUUCAAGCGACCUUCAAAUGUCCUUCGCUCUUCAACUUUUACCCCGACGUUCACGACUGCUCUAAGUUCUACCGGUGCAUCUGGGGCAAAGGGGCAUCCUUCAAUUGUCCAAGCGGCACCCUGUGGUCCCAGGACCUGCUGACUUGCAACCACGCCAAGGAAGUCCAAUGUGACAAGCCGUCAGUCUCUGAAGAAAUGAAAGACUUCGAGGCCCCUGACUUCUCCGUUGACAUCAAGAAAUCCAAAGGAAGCCAUUCUUCUGAUGAUGAUGACGUCGAAGACAGCAAUGAUGAAGACAACAAAGUAGAUAGCAGCUGGAGUGACUCAAAGGAGGAUCCUCACAAGAACCACAAGCAUACGAAGGAGGACAGUUAUUAUACCAACUACGACACUGACUAUGGAGAUUCAGGGGGUUACGAGUACAAAGCAAAGAAAGAUAACUCCAAGCCAACGCACCAGAAAAUGACCAACGGUCAAUACAAAACGGCCCCAGAAUCCCAGGAGUAUCAUCACGUGAUUAGCCACAUUCCACAACCACAGCAUUUUGUCCACCACUUCCAGCCUACCCCUUACGUACUGCCGGCGCCCCAGGAGUAUAAGAGCAGCGUACAACUUCCUCAACAGUACCUCAGUGGGCCUCAUCAGUACCAGAACGUCGCCUUGCCUCCGCAUUACCAGAGUGCGCCCCUACUUCAACAGUACCACGCUGGGCCCUUGCACCAGCAGUACCACGGGGAACUGCCGCCCCUCUCUCCCCCAUCCGGGUACAUUCUCUCGCCACCUAAUUACGUUUUUCAAGCCCCGAAGAGCUCCUCUCAAGAAGGAGAAAAGUCUGCCUCCAUGACGCUCAGUGGCAAAGCGCCGCUGUGGUACAACAGGAACUAUCUCUACAACAAACUGGUGCAGGUGCCUCAGCUGGGGGCGCACUACUACAGCCCCUAUGUCGUCAACACUGAUGGAACGUAUGACGUCAUAAAGGUGGACCAACCCUCACCGGAACCCGAGAAGUUGAAAUUGAAGCCUCAGGCCAAGCCAGAGAACCAACAAAAGCUAGAGCCUCAGAUUGAGAAGCCGCCGACAGAGGAAGACCCGUGGAAGGAGACGGAUUUGUUCAGAGCAGGAUACGGGUACAAAUUAAUCUACCAUAAAUGAACAUUUUAAACUUUGGGUAUUAUCAUCUAUUAAAUUGUAUAACUGUAACAUUAAUUUUUAUGUUCAUUUACAUUCGAAUAGUGUUGUGAUCAUUGAGAAGUUUGCAGUAUUAUUACACCUAAUGUGUGGGUAGUGGGUACCAAGGAUAUAUAAAAAAAUUUGAAGAAAUAAGUUAGAUUUUUAAAAUACGCAUAUAGUUCAGUCAUGUCUUCAUUUCAUUCUCCGCAGGACUUAAAAAAAAUCUCGUUGCUAUGUUUGAAUUGACAUUGCAAAGCAAAACAAAGAUUUCUUCUUAUAGAUCUGACUGUUCUUAGUGAAUAUAAAGUUAUAAAUCAAUGACUUCAAAUGAUUAUAAAACGCUACGGACGCUUAUUUAUCGCCGCAGUAUUGCCAUCACAGGGUUUACUUAUAGAAAUGAAGUUGAGGUUGGCCGAUACUAGUCUUUAUUGCAGGCCUGAACACUGACCUCUGCGACGUCGCAACCUCUGGACAGUCUAGACCAAUUGCUUUUUGCCACGUCACAGAUAGUGACGUCGAACAUGGCAAAGAGUUAUUGUUUUGCGCUCUAUAAAUGAAAUCCUUAUUUUAAAGUAUUACUUUAUUUACUCUGGUAGUAGGGGAAAAAUAAAACCUAGAUUAUGAUUUUAAAAAAAACUUUAUUUUAGAUCCAGUAAAAUUAUAUUUGUCUAGAUUCAUUUUCAUCGUGGAUGUGUAGUUCCCAUGUUGUCUUUUUCAUUCUCAUACAUCAACUUAAAAAUUAUUUUACACUGGCCUAUAUAUAUAUUGUGUUCAUCAUCUUCUAUGUUCAAAAAUCAUCUUUGUAGAAUGUUGUUUCAAAGUUUUCACCAUCUAAAAACAUUUC